AUGCUCCCCCGCGUGAUCAACCGGCCCGAUUUGGGGAGGUUUCCUUGGGACUCCCGGGGUCGUGGGCGUGUCGAGAAGAGGGGUCGCGGGAGGGGGACGAGAGGUAGAGGUGCGACGGCGCGGGGUCGCACGUCCCGCCGUUCCCCGCUGAUCGAGGCAUCUGUGGACGAGUCUAGGCCUCGGCGACGGCCACGUGCACCGAUCGAUGACGCUGAGCUAGGCAUGACUGUCCACAUGUAUGGCCCUAAGAUCAACGAACGGCGCAAGUGCAAGAUGUGCCCAACUACGAUUUCAUGGCAGAACAGCACCACCACAUCCGGCAAGCGGCAAUAUCACUCCAAGCACCGUGCACAUUUGGGUAUCUGGGAGCACCGAUGGAACAACAGUCUAGUGGGUGAGGGUGAGACAUUUCCAGAGGGAGGCGUGCGCUCCUUGCGGGAGGCACUCACCAAGCUGGUGGUGACGGGCAACGUGCCCUUCCGCUUUGUGGAGCUGGAAGCGUUCCGCGAGUUGAUGCUGCUGCUGAACCCGAACGUCGCGAACGUUCAAGUCCUUCCAUCUAGGUGGACGGUUGCUCGCGAUGUAGUUGUGUUUGCGGAGCGCGCACGGGAGGAAGCGAUGGCUGAUUUGGCACCACAGCCUGGAGAGCGCCCCACAAGAGUCGCAAUAUCCAGUGAUAUCUGGACCGGGGGGAACGGGAAGGCCUACUCGGUGGUAAAGGGUCACUUUGUGACACGAGACUGGAAGCUGCGGGAGGUGACGCUGGACUUCCGUGAAAUGAGAGGGCGACACGGUGGAGAGCAGAUUGCGGAGUUGGUGCUGCGGGUGGUGCGUGAUUGGGACUUGGUGGACCGUUGUGUCGCCUUCGUGAGCGACAACGCGUCUAGCAACACCCGCGCGUUCCACCUCCUCUCGGGUGGUAGUUCUCGCCCUGCCAUUUUCCGCCCAGGCAUGCACGUCAGGUGCACCUCGCACGUGCUGAACUUGGUGAUCCAGACAGCACAGAAGGUGCCCCUUGUGCGCAAGACCCUGCGGCUGGUGCGAGACGUUGCGGUGUUCGUUGGGUACUCCCCCAUCCGCACGGCGAACUUCCAGGCGGAGCAGGUGCGGGCGUACCCGGGUAGAGCGCCCUUGAAGCUGGUCCAGGACAGCCCUACACGAUGGGGAUCGACGUAUGAGAUGGCGGUCCGCUUCCUCGAGCUGCGCAGGGCGAUCCACGUCCACUUCUACGAUGACCAGGUGUUUCUUGCACCCUUCAACGCCGUCAGCAAGGCAGCAGAGGGGUCGCUCUAUCCGACCAUCUCCAUGGUCAUUCCGAGCUACAACGACCUGCUGGACAGUUUGGAGGAGAAGCGCCAUGGCACGCCGUCCCCGCUGAUCAGGGCGAUGAUUGUCGCCGCGCUGGGGCACCUGAAGAAGCACGUGUAUGCCAGCAGCGACGACCUGCUCAUCGCCACGUUCCUUGAUCCAGCGAUGCGAGAUGGGUACUUCGCUCUAGGCACGUUCGAGACAAGGCACCCAGAGUUGGUUCAGGAUGGGAGGGAGAGGCGAGCAACGGGCCCAGUGACGGUGGAGCGGAUCCUAGACCUAGUGCGCACACGUGUGACGGAUUACCAGGCGCGGGCAGCAGCGACAGCGCCUGCGCCUCCACCUGCAGCAGCAGCGCCAGCUCCAGUAGCUGACAUUGAGGGGGAUAAGGCUAUUGGCAGUAGGCGCCGCUUGAUUGCGCGCGUAUCUGCUUCGCGGGCUGCAGGAGGGGCUAGGCAGUUGGGCGACGAGGUGGACAGAUAUGUCGGGCACGAAGAGACUGGUGACCUAUCCCCCCUCGAGUUCUGGCGCACAGUGAAGAACCUCGACACGCUGCGAGCCAUGGCCAGGGAUUAUCUGGCGAUUCCCGCCACCUCGGCGUCGUGCGAGCGAGCUUUUUCACAGAGCAGGAACUUGAUCACAUUCCAGCACACACGCCUGAACACCGAGCGUGUGCGGUCGUGCAUGACUCUGCGGUCUUGGUACGACACGCACCCUGGUGGUCGUAUCGGUGAUGGGGCAGAUUCUGCCCGUGCUGCAGCUGUAGUGGACUUGGGGCUCGAGGGAGAGGAGGACUGCGAGGAGGAGGAGGAGGAGGAGGAGGAGGAGGAGGAGGAGGAGGAGGAGGAGGAGGAGGAGGAAGAGGAGGAGGAGGAGGAGGAGGAGCAGGGGGGGAGGCGACAUGUGCUGCGGGUGUGGGAGAGGGCCAGGGCUAGGGUGUUAUGGGUUCGUGUGGAUGGGUGUUGCUAA